AUGAAUUCCCAUGCCAGGCUCCUCGGUUAUUGGUCCUUCGAUAACAAAAACGAUGUUGGAAGGGAUCUCUCUCCAAAUAAAAAUCAUGGCGAACUGAAAGGCGGGGCAGAAUGGAUAGGCAGGGGAAAAGUCGGAGGCGCGCUGAAAUUGGUGGAGGCAGCAGACUCCUACCUCGAAGUCCCUCAUGCCGACAGUCUCAACGUAAAAGAUCAGGUGACCCUGAUGUGUUGGGUUCAAUUUGCUAAUCCUGGCGAUUUGACCGGUACCGGGCGGGAUAUGUCAUUGAUUUGGAAGAAUGGACCGCCUGGAGACAAGCGAUUUUUAACCGCGUAUGCCCUGCGGAUUGUUCGCCCGCAUACGAAGUUUGGCAGUUUCACGUUUGAUGCCACAAUGACACAAGGGCGAGCCGCCGCAGCGGAUCCAGAUUUUCUGGACGCGGCCGACGCGGGUAAAACGUGGUUUCACGUUGCCGGUGUUGCUGACGGAACGAAGAUUCGAGUCUACCGCAACGGCAAGCAGACUGCGGAAGCUGACCAGCGGGGAGAGUUCCAGAUUUCAGAACACCCGUUAACAAUUGGUUUUGAUCUGCGCGCCGCAAAAGCGGAAGCACGCCGAGAUCAGCUUGGGUACGUUGACGGACUUAUGGAUGAGGUUGUGGUUAUAGAUAAGGCACUCGCCCCAGCGGACAUUAAAGCCGCCAUGGAGCUCGGUGAAAAAGGGGAUACGCUCGAAAGUUUCCAGCCGGUUUUUGCUGUCGAGCCCGAGGGCAAGCUCGCGACCAAGUGGGCGGAAAAUCAAAGCCAAGAAGUAAGAUCGGAACGGGCCGUACAUAAACGCGCUAUACCUUGA